CAAAAUAUGAUUAUGCUGCACCGAAUCACCGUAUUUUGCGCGUUUUCCAGUGAGAUGUCUGAGAAUUACCGAUACGUUUCGUGUUCACCGUUUCUUGUUGCCAUUUUCACAACUAUGUCAGACGUUUCCCCACCCGCUAACCAUUCCUUCUGCAGCCCAGCCCCGCCGUAAUACUCACUCUCUCGGCCGCCGCCGCCGCCGCUGCUGCCGCUGUAACUCUCUUUAAACUCUUUCUCUCGCCUUCUCUGCUUGUAAUUCAGAUUCUACAAUCCUCUCUUCCAGCUGCCAAUACACGUUCGAUCGAAGGAGGAACGAGGUAAAAAACAAAAUAACCUUGACGAUGAACAACAACGGCUCGCCGGCGCAUUCCUCCGUCUCUACUACAGCCGUCGUUGGCGGCGGCGGGAGCAGUAGUAGCGCUAUGGAAGAUUUCCACUUCCCAUCUGAUCUCAUCUCCAUUCAGGAUCGCAAGGACGAGGCGAUGCUCGCUCUGAAAGCUGAUUUAGCAGCUGCACUCAACAAGGUGGUUAGCUCAUUGGAUGAAGAUAACUGGAAAUUCGAAGGACCUCGCUCCCGUAUAAACCUUGUGUCAAGACCAGGUGGGUUUCUGAACAAGAAGAUCGAAGCAACGAAGAAAUAGGAACUUCUGGGCUGGGAGAGUGAUUUGGAAAGUCUACUAUAAAGGUGGCUUUCUGCAGCCGUGAAAGUCAUUGAAGGAACUGCUAUACAUCUUUAGUCAGCAUUUGAUUGUAUCUCUGGUGAGCUGUUUUCUAAUACAUGAACAUUGGACUGCAUACAUGUAAGUAGAACUUUUUUCGGUUGCUGAAGAUGGAAGUAAAAUGUUUGUAUUUGGUUCCUUCAUUGAGUAGGGUUUUCUAAUACAAUGAAAUAACCAUAAGCAAUCCUAGCUAUCUCAUAACCAAGAAAAUAUUCCAGCUCUCCUAAGUCUUUAAUUGUAAAAGCAUCAUCUAGUUGUUUCUUAGGAGAAGUGAUUGUUGCAAGAUCAUUACCGGAAAGGAUAAUAUAUGGUCCGCUAAAAUUUACUAGUAGCGAAUUUUUAUUAUGGGUCUCUAGAUGUACUAUUACUUACUUUCGAUUUAUUAACUAGUUAGUUCAGGUUUAAAAAUGAUUAAACAACUUUAACAAACAAAGAAAGAAAAGGUUUAACUAACUAAUUACAAGGUAGGAAGCUCACUUCGACAAUGAUUUCCCCUAAACCGGAUUGAUGAUUAAUGGUUCUCUAACUUUUUCCACUCGUUGUUUAUAAUGCGGAGAGUCCUUUACAAGUCUUGAAUCUCGAUCGAAUCUAUUGCUUAGAGGAACUUUAUCCUCAACUAAAACAACACAAUUCGAUCUAGACUCCCUUUAUUGAAUUGAUGUCAAAUACAAAGCAAUGAAUCGACUCACUCUCGUGCAAUCAUUCCCCUACUUCCAAUCAAUGUUUGCUAUAUUAAUCUAAUCAUGUAUCCUCUCUUCCAUGUCAAAGCAUAAAUCAAUAAUACUUGUUCAACGAAAAAUUGAUUCAAUAAGGAACUCAUUUUUGCUCCCCAAAACUCUCUAGGGUUGCUCUCCCUCUCUUCGGGGUUUCUCACUUCUUGUGUUUUCCAGUAGAGGCUUGGGUUUUUACAGUCUUUAUGCUCAAAAGUCAAAAGUCACGCUCGUGAUUCUCUAUAUUUUGGACGUCACCAUUUCCUUUGGACCUCUUUGGUUCCUUUUCACCUUCAAAUGUCCAGAAACUAGCUUUCAAUUCGUAGCACCUGAAAUAUUACAAAGGAACAUAAACUAUCAUAAAAUUAAUGAUUAAUAUAUUUGUAUGGCCCGAACUUUUCUCAUAUUUAACAUCCUAGUCAAUUCUUUUGGUAUUUAACAUUGUGGCCCGAGCUAACCUACACUUGACUAAUUUGGCCAAACCCAAGAGUUGACCGUUAGUUUGACGGUCAACCCGCCAUGUCACUGCCCAAUUAGCAUAAAUAAACUUAAAAAAUCCUAAAUUCCACAUAAUUCCUAAUAACUAUUACAAUUAAGUUAUUUUUUUUAGAAAUAGCUCUGGUUGGGUCCAGGACGACACCACUCUCGGCCAACUCCACUACCGGAUUUGGCAGAGAGCAACCUCCUCGGGAUGGGAAUGAGGGAUUAUGUUUCUCAAUUUUUGUAUUUUUAAAUUUUAAUUUAAUUCUAAUAAUUUUAAGAAUUACGUGGAAUUUAGGAAUUUUUUAAGUUUAUUUAUGCUGACUAGACAGUGACAUGGCUCAAAACUAAUGAUCAACUCUCGGGUUUGGUCAAAUUAGUAAAGUGUAUGGUUAGUUCGGGCCACGAUAUUAAUAAUUAAAAGGAUUGGUCAGGAUGUUAAAUAUGAGAGAAGUUCGGGUCAGACAAAUAUAUUAAUCGUAAAAUUAACUAACGAGAGAGUGUUUCCAAGAUAAAUGGUUAAGAGAAAGUCAAGAAUCGAGAGUCAAUUGUACAAAUGAGCACUUAUUAAAUUCCCACACACUUACCAUUUGCUUAUCCUGUAGCAAACCGAGUAAAACGAUAAUUUUUGA